CCUACCCAUGGCACCGACACCUGGGCCCAAAGAUCAGGAGCUUCUCCUUUCCCAUGCCCGGCGGCUCCAGGUCCAGUCCCCACAAGUGCCAGCGCCGAGCAGAAACCGAGCCCAGCCGUUGGCAUCUCCCGCCCCGAAGCCAUGGCCAUGGAUCGGCCCGUACGGCUUGUGCUGGAUGCCUCCCUCCUCCUCGAGCCCUCCGCCACCGGGGAUGCGGCGGCGGUGGCGCUGCGGCCCGGGGCGGAGGCGCUUUUGCGGCGGCUGCGCUACUCCAACCUGGUCGUGGCAAUCUGCUAUGCGGAGGGCAUGUCGACUAAUGAGUCAGGCUUUCUGGAAAUGGUCACGAGUUCACACUCCUUUGGAUAUAUACCACUUCUUGCAAAAAGUGGGGAUUGUUCUCCAAAUGAAUUAAUGUUAGAAUGGGGUCGAGCAAGUUCUUGUUUUUAUGUGACUUCAAGAGUUGACAGAGGCUUAAUUUCUGAGCUUCAGAAUCACCACUGGAGAGUUGUUUCUGUAGGUGAUGAAUGCAGCAUAGAGGUCCCUGGGGUUUUAAAUGUUGGAAGGCUUCAGGAGUUACUUCUCACUUUGGCUACUUUAAUAAAAAGGGAAAUAGGUGCCUCGUCUGUUCUUGUAAUUGGGUAUGUAAUGAAACAAUCACGUGAGGAGGACUUUGCAAGGAGAGGCGCAUUUCCCAUAUAUCCUAGUAAGGAUGGUCUUAUCUUUGUUCCUCUCUCAUUCGAACUUCCUUUAAGUUCACAACUGCAAGAAGUUGAUAUGGUCCUCCACAAAAUAACUGAUGAGAUUGUCAAGAUUGAUCCAAACUGCUCCAUCGAUUUUCCAAAAGGCAUCUCAUUUUCUGCAGGAAUGUCUGAAAUUAUAAGGUUUGUGGAAGAGCACCCUGAUUUUUGCAUCAUCGAUCCAUUUAGAAAUAUUUACCCGUUGCUUGAUCGUCUUCAAAUCCAAAAUAUCCUAGUCCAAUUACAAGAACUUGGCACCGAAGGAAAGCCAAAACUUCGAGCACCAUAUUCUUUGAAGGUUGAUAACUUUCAUGAUGGUGAAUUAGAUAAGCAUCUAGCAGAAGCUAAUUCAUCCUUCCCAUUCAUUGUGAAACCACAAGUAGCUUGCGGAGUUGCUGAUGCCCACAAUAUGGCGUUAGUUUUUCAAAUUGAAGAAUUUAGCAACCUUAGUGUGCCUCUUCCAGCUGUACUACAGGAAUAUGUCGAUCAUGGAUCCAAGAUUUUCAAAUUUUAUGUAAUUGGAGACAAAGUUUUCCACGCCGUUAGGAAUUCAAUGCCUAAUGCAAGUUUUCUGAAGCCAUCUUCAGGAGGAGAACCUCUUACAUUCAAUAGUUUGAAGACUCUUCCGGUGGCUACUAAGGAGCAGCAACUGCAAACGAGGGUGCAAGACAGCAAAUCGGUGGAUACUGAUUUAGUAGAGGAGGCUGCAAAAUUUCUGAAGGAAUCACUUGGACUUACGAUAUUUGGAUUCGAUGUCGUUGUUCAAGAGGGCACUGGAGACCAUGUCAUAGUGGACCUAAACUAUCUCCCAUCCUUCAAAGAAGUUCCUGAUUCUGAGGCGGUGCCUGCGUUCUGGGAUGCAAUCAGGCAGACGUACAAGUCCAAGAGAGGGAAGGCGCAAACUUAGUUCAAGGCUUCCCAAUGAGUGAAUCAACCUGAUAGUCUAGCAGAAGGCUUCUUGUCUCUUAGAGAAAGCAGGCGAGUUUGUGAAUUGCACUAUUGCAGGCAGAGGUAAUCACCAAAUGUAAUGGAUUCUGGAGCAAACACGAACAACGUUCAGCUCCACUUGUGGGAAUGUAGGAAUAAGUGAAGAUGAACAAACCAAGCUGUAAUGUAGCUGUUAAUCUCAUCCUUCCUGUGUACUUGAUGUCAA